GGUAAAGAUGAAGUGAGAGCUGUGGUGUUCCUUGGUCAUCAUGCCUACUGAGGAGGAGGAGAACUCUGGGCAACCUGUGUGGCAAUCCGUCCUGCUGUUUAGCUGUAAGGGAAUGAUCGAGGGAAUCAUUGUCCUAUUGUUUCUCUGGUUGCUGGUGCAGGUGCUCUUCACAAAACAGCAUGACGUCCACUUGCAGAUUCUGCUGAGUGUGGGUUUGGUGGUCCUGUGUUUUUCCCUUAUCUUGGGCUGCAUCAUUUGUUGGUUAAAGACCAGACACAAACCACCCGAAGGCAAAAAGACUGUGAGGACAAACCCUCCUCCUGAUUCUGUGGAUCAUGUGUCUGUGGCUUUGAGUCCUGCCCCUUUAUCUGGAGCCACAUUUACCAAAUUGCAGUGUGAGGAGCUGGAAGGAUCCCUUCAAGACUAUCCAUCUGCUUUCGAGAGCUCUACGCCAUCAGAUGAAGAGUUGACUGCUGUCUCUGAGGUUAACAAGUCAUGCUUCCAAAUGAGACGACUCAGUUCACCAUCAGUCUCCUCUUCUCUAUUCAAGCCCAUGGCCAGUGGUCGCUCCUCUCUCCCCUCUUUCCCAAGACUUAAGUCUUCUCACAAAGACCCGGAAGGUUCUGGAACAUCACUGCACUGUGGCUGGAGAUAGUUACUCGUUUAGCAAACACAGAAGGCUCACUAUUCCCAACCCACGAUCACCCUGUGCCCUUUCUCCACUUCAAACCCAAGGUCUACUCCAGGACGAACCUUUAAUUCCUAACUAUGGUUCAAAUUCUUGCAGUGAGACCUCAGAUCCCUUCUUGCACUUUACCCUGACCUUCUCUUCAACACAGAACACAAUCACUGUAUCCAUAGUGGGUAUAACAGGUGCAGUCCAUUGUCUAGAAGAAGUGACUGUCCAGGCCACGCUGCCCCCACUUUGCCCUGGACCUCUGGAUAUAACUGCCCAGGAUUACAACCUAAGCUCUGGACUCUAUAAAAAGAACUUGGUGAUAAGUGUUGGAUCUCUAGAGGGGCUUAAAGGUUGCAUGCUCAGACUGGGUAUCUUCAUGCAGGACAAUCAAAAGACAUCCCUAUUUGGUCCAAGAAGGACACUUUAUAGCUCUUGCUACGAGACUAUAUUGUCUUAAACAUUAACCCAAACAUU